CCCUCGCUCUGGUGGUUGCCUCACCAGUUCGCCUUCAGCGGUUGCAUCGUGCUCGUGCUCUGGCAAAACGCAUCCAAGACCUCCUGGCCGCCGCCGCACGAGGAGAGGCGGGAUGAGGACCGCGGAGCGGAGCGCACACACCCCGUCAGGCUGGACCCCCGGAGCAGCGGCUGCAGACCCCCCGUGCGUGACAAUGUGAGCGUACUGUCUCUCCGACGGAGCAUCGACUCCACCCUCCUCCACCCUGCUCCACCUCCCCCAGCCUGCUCCACCUCCUCCUCCUCCACCCUCCUCCUCCACCUCCUCCUCGGUGUUUACCACAUGCUGCAGCGAACGGGCGGGCGGGUGUAUCUGAGGAUGCUCUGGUGAAGAGGAGUCGAUCGUAUCGCGGUUGGACGCAGGCUUCCAGUCCAGGACCCACCAGGACCCACCAGGACCCACACACCGGACCAGAGCCACCGGACCGGGCGCGGAGGAUGUGUUUUUAUGCCCUGCCUUUCUCUGUCCUCUCUCGGUUAAAGAAAGCCCUCCUCCACGGAGACUAGAAGAGAUCCAAGAUGAAAUUCCCCACGGAGAACCCCAGGAAACCCGGGAGCGCGAAGCCCGCAUCAGCCCCCCCUAAGAAGAUGCAGCCGGGGCUGGUGCAGUGCAGCCUGGUGCAGGCCAGCGUGGCCACCAUGCAGAACCCCAUGGGCUGCAGCCUGCCGCGCAUCUCCGUGACCCCCCGGCCCGCCAGCAUGGUGGCCAGCAUGGAGGGCGGGGCCGAGGGCGGCACCAUCACCUUCACCGUGAUGAAGUGGAAGACGGCGCUGGCCGUGUUCGUGGUGGUGGUGGGCUACCUGGUGGCGGGGGGGCUGCUGUUCAGCGCCCUGGAGCAGCCCUUCGAGAGCCACCAGAAGAUCACCAUCACGGCCGAGAAGGCGGCGUUCCUGGAGCGCCACCGCUGCGUCACGCCCCCUGAGCUGGAGGCCAUCAUCAAGCACUCGGUGGAGGCGGUGAAUGCGGGGGUGAGUCCCAUCGGAGACACCUCCUAUAACUCCAGCCACUGGGACCUGGGCAGUGCGUUCUUCUUUGCCGGGACGGUCAUCACAACCAUAGGGUACGGCAACAUCGCGCCCAGCACAGAGGGGGGGAAGAUCUUCUGCAUCCUGUACGCCAUCUUCGGGAUCCCCCUGUUCGGCUUCCUGCUGGCCGGCGUGGGGGACCAGCUGGGGACCAUCUUCGUCAAGAGCAUCGCCAAGGUGGAGAAGACCUUCAGGCGUAAACACAACCAGAUCAGCCAGACUAAGAUCCGCGUGGCGUCCACGUUGCUCUUCAUCCUGGCGGGCUGCAUCCUCUUCGUCACCAUCCCGGCCGUGGUCUUCAAGCACAUCGAGGGCUGGACCGGGCUGGAGGCCAUCUACUUCGUGGUCAUCACCCUCACCACCGUGGGCAUCGGGGACUACGUGGCCGGGGGCGACCGGCGCAUAGAGUACCGGGAGUGGUACCGCCCGCUGGUCUGGUUCUGGAUCCUGGUGGGCCUGGCCUACUUCGCCGCCGUCCUCAGCAUGAUCGGAGACUGGCUGAGGGUCCUCUCCAAGAAGACCAAGGAAGAGGUGGUGGAGAUCAAGGCGCACGCGGCCGAGUGGAAGGCCAACGUGCGCGCCGAGUUCCGCGAGACGCGGCGCCGUAUGAGCGUGGAGGUCCACGACAAGCUGCAGCGCGCCGCCACCAUCCGCAGCAUGGAGCGCCGGCAGCUAGGCCUGGACCAGCGCGCCGUCUCCCUGGACGUGCUGUCCCCCGAGCGCCGGGCCGCCUUCAACGGGCCGGACGCCGGCUGCAAGACGCCCUCCCAGGAGAGCAUCGACACCAAGAUCAACAACCUGCGCCUCCGCGGGGUGGAGCAGGCCGAGGGCGCCUCCGUGGUCACGGCGUCCGAGGACAACAUCUUCAACCGGCUGGGCUCCAUCUCGCGGCUCGCCCGUCGCGGCCGCAACCGCGAGCUGAAGAAGAACAUCUGCGAGGAGGCGCGGCGGCCGCGCAGCGCCGUGUACCCCGGCGGCCCCGCGGCGGGGCUGGAGCCGGGCAGGAGGAAGGACGUCUACGACGAGGACGACGACGACAAGGAGUGCAACGCCAGCCUCUCUGACUUCCCGCUGUUCGUGGAGGCGUGCAAGCCGCUCAACGGGUUCCUGCUGACGCCGAGGUCACGGGUCCACUCCACCGACACGGAGAACGAGGAGAACCUUGAGAUGGUGGACGUGGUUCCCUAGGCCUCGUGUCGCUCCUACUGGAGUUUUAAUCACCACCGCUGUGUGCCUUGGAUCUGUCCCUCUGCUCGGCCUGCUUAACCACGGGACCGCCCCGUCCCGCUCUGUGCCGUGACUUCUGGGUAAUUCCCAAACCCUUUCCCUGAUCCCCGUCAGCCCCGUGGGACCACGUAGUGUGUUGUGUGUUGGCCUCUUCCCUCAGGCUCGAUAGCACAGUAUUACAAAGAGAUUCUGAGUCCAGUUGUACCAAAUAAAUGUGAGCUCUGGGAGGAUGAGGAGAAGGCUGAGGGCCGAUGUGCAGCUCGCUGCAGAUGCAAUGUUCGCUAGUUUGAGCCAUGGAUGAACGGGAGGAUGGGCCGAUGGGGGCCACAGAGGAGGAUGCUGCUACCAGUUGGAACUUUCUGCUUUGGAGUUUGUCGCAAAUAGCGGCACAGGAGAUGUAUCAGAAUGAUGUAUUUUUAUGACCCAACGUGUCGAUGGCGGAUGAGAAAAAGAAUUAGGUAAAACAACAUGAAAAAAUAUAAUAUAAAUGCAUUGGACAAACUGUCGAAGAUGACACGCUGAAUAAUGUCUAUUUCUUUCCUUUUUCCAACUUAUAUUAUGCACCUACCCCACAAGGCAUGCCAAAAAUACAUCAGUAGUGGGUAGGCACGUCUCGAUCAGAUCCUGAAGGAUCUACUCACAGCCCUACUGCUCUUUGUCUCACACUCAUUCUCUGUCACAUGACACAAACACAAGAGCAGGAUUGUACUCUGAAUGCUGUUUCACAUUGACUCCGUCCACAUGUUUCACGCUGUAGAUCUCGGGAGAAGAUACCAGAUCCUAUACUGAUACCAGAUCCUAUACUGAGAGAUACCAGAUCCUAUACUGAUACCAGAUCCUAUAAAGAGAGAAGAUUACAGAUCCUAUACUGAGAGAGAUACCAGAUACUAUACUGAGAGAUACCAGAUCCUAUACUGAUACCAGAUCCUAUACUGAUACCAGAUCCUAUACUGAUACCAGAUCCUAUACUGAGAGAUACCAGAUCCUAUGCUGAGAGAGAUACCAGAUCCUAUACUGAUACCAGAUCCUAUAAAGAGAGAAGAUUACAGAUCCUAUACUGAGAGAGAUACCAGAUACUAUACUGAGAGAUACCAGAUCCUAUACUGAGAGAGAUAACAGAUCCUAUAAUGAGAGAGAUACCAGAUCCUAUGCUGAUACCAGAUCCUAUACAGAGAGAGGAUUCCAGAUCCUAUACUGAUACCAGAUCAUAUACAGAGA